AUGAGGGUUGUUAUCCAGAAAGUGAAACAAGCAAGUGUUAGUGUCGAUAACCAGAUUGUUUCUUCAAUCAAGCAUGGACUUAUGAUCUUAGUUGGGAUCUCUACAUCCGAUACCCUUGAAGAUGUUAGUAAGUUGAGUAAGAAGUUAGUCAACCUCAGAUUAUUUGAAAGCGUUGAGAAUAACGAAGAGAAUGUGGGCUGUUGGAAUGGUAAGCCCUGGAGUAAGAGUGUUCUCCAGGAUCCGAGUUUGAGUAUAUUAUCAGUUUCUCAAUUUACAUUAUACGGUACGGUUAAAAAGGGAACCAAGCCAGAUUUCCAUAAAGCAGCCAAAGGGAAUACCGCCAAAAGUUUAUACGAUGAAUUCUUGAAUAAGUUAAGAGGAGAAAUUGGUGAAGAACGGGUUAAGGAUGGGAAAUUUGGAGAGAUGAUGGACGUUUCAUUGGUUAACGAUGGUCCAGUUACCAUAAUAUGGGAUACUCAAGAAAAUAGCAUAUGA